AUGGGGGAUAUAUUUCAGCUGGAAUUGGUGCUUUUUAUGAAAAUUGAGCAGGAGGUCCGAGUUCCUGCUUCCAGCUGCCUUUCCAGGUCCACAGGUUAUCCACAGGAUAAUAAUGGGAUUUCCCGAAGCAACUUAGUGGUGGGGACGCUCCUGAUUGGGCAGGAGAACCCUACGCCUGAAUUCAUCGUCAUGAGAGGCAAAGGCUCUGCAUUUGGACUGGCUAUGGCUCCUCGGAUCUUCACCAAGGUAAUGGCCGUAAAAAUGGCCCAUUUGCGUUGCCAGGGAGUCAUUAUCCUGCCGUAUAUGGACGACUUGCUGAUUCUGGCAGACUUCCACGAUGUCCUCCUCUGUCAUCUACAACUGACGAUAAACUUCCUACAAGCCCACGGGUUGCUCAUCAAUUGGAAGAAAUCCUCGCUGGUCCCAGAGAUUGUGGUCCCGGCCUUUAUCUCUUCUGAUUUGUCCUCCAAAGAGCGGGUUUUGGAUGCGGCGGCCCACCGUGGCGCGUCCGCAGAACAAUUGUGCAAGGCGGCUACGUGGUCCUCAGUGAACACGUUCAUUAGGUUCUAUGCCUUUGAUACUUCCGAGGCGGAUGCCUCCAUUGGACGCCGGGUUCUCAUAUCCGCUAAGGAUUACACCAUAGUGAGGAAGAUAUCUGUUGAGUGUGAAAUACCAAGCAGCAGUCCUGUUGUGUCAGGAGGACUGAGCAGGAUCCAGAGCUCCAUCACGGUGCCUCAAGCUCACUCACUGAUACAUGAGAGAGGCAAUGACCAGAAGUUCCUGGAACUCACCAACAAGAUCAUUCAGCUACUGACUGGAGAGGAGUGGGAGAAUAUAGAGGAACACAGGGGUCUGUACAAGGACGUGAUGAUGGAGAAUCACCGGCCCCUCACAUCACUGGAUGGGCCCAGUAACAGAGAUACCCCAGAGAGAUGUCCCCGUCCUCUGUAUUCCCAGGAUUGUACAGAGGAGAAUCACAGGAUCCCACAGGAGGAUCAGGGUGAAGAUCUGACUAAUAUAAAGGGAGAAGAAGAGACGUAUGUGGCUGAUAUGAGGACAGAAGAUAUAGAUGGAGAAGAAGAGACGUAUGUGACUGAUAUGAAGGCAGAAGAUAUAGAGGGAGAAGAAGAGACGUAUGUGACUGAUAUGAAGCCAGAAGAUACAGAGGGAAAAGAAGAGACGUAUGUGACUGAUAUGAAGGCAGAAGAUACAGAGGGAAAAGAAGAGACGUAUGUGACUGAUAUGAAGGCAGAAGAUACAGAGGGAGAAGAAGAGACGUAUGUGACUGAUAUGAAGCCAGAAGAUAUAGAGGGAGAAGAAGAGACGUAUGUGACUGAUAUGAAGACAGAAGAUACAGAGAGAGAAGAAGAGACGCAUGUGACUGAUAUGAAGGCAGAAGAUACAGAGGGAGAAGAAGAGACGUAUGUGAGGGGUGAUCAGCAGUGUAAGGAGGAGGAAAUCCCUACAGAUAUCAGCACAGAUGAAUGUAACAGAAGAAAUAUAUUAGCUGAACGUCCCAUUGUAUCUCCAGAUUGUGAAAUUGAAGCUAAAGACAUCAUGCGAGAUUCUCUGGAAAACCCUGUGAUACCAAUUAUACAUCCAGUCCCUCACAGUGCAGAUAUAUCAUCUGUUACCUUUAAUCAUGAGGAAUUUUCACCUGAUACCUCAGAUAUUGGUCAGUCUAUCACAGCUCUUAGAGUAGAUACGCCAUUUCCCAGUGCUGUACAUGACAUAUGUUUUACUCAGAGCACAAAGAUUAUUACCCAUCUGCCACCUAAGACAGGUGAGAGGCCAUUUCCAUGCUCUGAGUGUAGAAAAUGUUUCAAACACAAAUCACAUCUUGUUACACAUCAGAGAAGUCACACAGGUGAGAAACCAUUUUCAUGUUCUAAGUGUGGGAAAUGUUUUACUCGAAAAUCACUGCUUGUUGAACAUUUGAUAAUUCACACAGGUGAGAAACCAUUUCCAUGCUCUGAGUGUAGAAAAUGUUUCAAACGCAAAUCACAUCUUGUUACACAUCAGAGAAGUCACACAGGUGAUAAACCAUUUCCAUGCUCUGAGUGUAGAAAAUGUUUCAAACACAAAUCACAUCUUGUUACACAUCAGAGAAUUCACACAGGUGAGAAACCAUUUCCAUGUUCUGAGUGUACAAAGUGUUUUAGUGACAAAUCACAGCUUGUUAUACAUGAGAGAAGUCACACAGGAGCAAAGCCAUUUCCAUGCUCUGAGUGUGGGAAAUGUUUUAGACUGAAAUCAUAUCUUGUUAUACAUGAGAGAAGUCACACAGGUGAAAAGCCAUUUCCAUGCUCUGAGUGUACAAAAUGUUUUACUCAGAAGUCGAAGCUUAUUCAACAUGUGAGAUGUCAUAGAGGUGAGAAGCCAUUUACAUGUUCUGAGUGUGGGAAAUGUUUUAGUUUCAAAGCAGAUUUUGUUAGACAUGAGAGAAUUCACACAGGUGAGAAACCAUUUCCAUGCUCUGAGUGUAGAAAAUGUUUCAAACGCAAAUCACAUCUUGUUACACAUCAGAGAAGUCACACAGGUGAGAAACCAUUUCCAUGUUCUGAGUGUGGGAAAUGUUUUGCACAAAAAUCAGCUGUAAUUGAACAUAAGAGAACUCACACUGGUGAGAAACUAUUUCCAUGUUCUGAGUGUGGAAAAUGUUUUACACACAAAUCAUAUCUUGUUAGACAUCAGAGAAUCCACAAGUGAGAGGCCAUUUACAUUUUCUGAAUGUUGAAAAUGGUUUUAUACACAAAUCACAGCUUGUUGAACAUCAGAGAAUUCACACAGGUGAGAGGCCAUUUCCAUGCUCCGAGUGUGGGAAAUGUUUACACACAAAUCCACUCAAUGGGGUAUAUUUACUAAGGUCACUAUUUUGACCGAGAUGCCGUUUUUUCUUCAAAGUGUCAUCUCAGUAAUUAACUAAGCAAAAAUCACGGCAGUGAUGAGGGCAUUCGUAAUAUUUUGGAAGUCCUCGUAAAAAAUCACGAAUCAAUGCGCCAUCGGUCAAAUACGCCUGCAAUUUGGUAGAAAUCGGGAAUUUACUAAAAAGUGCAAAACAGAAACACUGCCGACAAUAGCCAAACACUGCCGUGAUGAAAUAGAAAUUGUGAAAAAGUGCUAAACAAAAAACAGACCUGCUUUUUUAUCCCAUGUUUGUAUAGGCAUUCACGGAUCCAUGAGAUCCGUGCAUGUUUUUCAGUGGGAAGGGGUGGGAAAUGUUUUAAUUUUUAUUUAAAAAAAAUGCGUGGGGUCCCCCCUCCUAAACCAAACCA